GAAGAAGAUAAGCUAAAGGUUGCAAGUGGUCUCGGGAGUUGAUCCAGGCCAGGCAGUCGGGAAGGUCGCAACGGAGUGAGGCAGCUGCGCAAGAAAGUGAAGCUUCGUACUACAGUGAACGUGAUGACCUUUGCGGGCAAAAAUGCAACCCGAGAGUCAGGAAAGUGACGCAUCUUGAAAACUUUAGUGUUCGAGCUGGAACUUCGUGAUAGAAAUAUAAGAUGUAAACAUAUGCAUAGCGUAUUUUCAGACUACAGUUCUUGGCAUUGAUAAGCAGUUCAUCGGUGCUAACGUUGUGAUUAAAUUAGAAAAUCAAAGACGAAAACGAAAGAGGCAGUGGAAACCUGUGGCUUCAAGCUGACGAAAGUACAAGUUGCGAAGGAGAAAUAGAAACGGGGGAUAAUCCCGCACGACUCAGAGCACAAAAUAUCGAACAUACCAACGUUGCGUGCAAGCCAGGCCACAAAGUCAACAACAGCAGCGUCGGUAUAAUAGAAACGUAAGAAAAAAGAAUAAGAACCAGAGAGGUAUCGAAGAACAACCCGUAGGGCAAUCAGAAGUGAAGAGGCAGAAGAAGAAGAAGAAGACGAAGAAGAAGAGGGUGGCCUGGCGGCUGAGUUUUUUGGCACUCCGCCAAUUCGCCAUAGGUCAGGGAAAGGCCCUCGGGCAGGAGAGUCCAACCCAGCCAAGACUUCGCAUAACCCUCCAGCGCCAAGGGCUUCAGAACCCCGAUAAGGUCAAAGGCGCAAUCAAAGGGUUUUCUCAUCAACGAUGACGAUGGAUCGAAGAAAGCUCCUGGCAACAAAGCUGAUGACAACAGCAUUUCUGUUGGCAUCUGUGAGGGUGGAGCCAGCGACAUCCGCUGAAACCGUCGCCAGGACAUUCUUCUACAAUCCCCCAUCAAAUGGUGGCCCUCCCCCUGACGUCAUGGCAAUGCUGGCAGCGGGCAGAACCUCAGUGAUGCCGACCUUUUCAGUAUUUGGAGACGUUUUCAGUCCAGAUCCUAGCGAGAGAGAUAAUUUUCUCUCAGAACAGCCCUCAGCAAUAGAUCAGGAAUUCUUCCACAACCCAGCUGUUCAGGAACCUAAUCAUAAAACUGGAUCGCAUUGGGAUCCCACGAGGGAGGUCUCUGACGACGAGAAUGGCGAGUUUGCGAAUCUCUACGCAUCGAUGUCAUUGGAAGGUCAGACUCCUCUUGGAGGAAACGAAAUUGCACCAGAGAACGACCCCCAGAGCAAAUCAAGUCUGGAUUUCGUUCCUGAUGGGGAGAUGGCGCUCGCUGCAUCAGCAGACAGAUCUUCCCAAAAGACAGACGUCAUCGGCACCGACUUCCCGGAAACCACCUCGGUUGGGAACGAGUUUUUGGACUUCGAAAACAGCACCGAAUUUGAAAGAGAGACGUUGACAUCAAACAGCCCAGUAGAAGCGAUGACACUGGAUGAUUCGGAUGGAGAAAUCACAACACUGAUUUCUCUCGUUCCCGAUUCAUACGCAGAGGAUGAGAGCCACUACUCCGUAGACGAUGGAAAGGUCCAAACCAAAAAGGAAACGAAUGACGAGGGAAAGAAAGCGGCGGAAGAGAAUAAGCUCCACUACAAUAACCUGCAUCCUGCCGAUUUUCUGAAGGUCCCUCAUGACGUCGAAGAAAGAAAGGAGAAUCCCAACAGAAACCAUAAAACAAAGAGCACUCUAGAGAGCAGGAUGAAUUCUAUAUUCUUCUCCAUCGACGAGGGACCGAACGAGCACGGCGAGGUCAAGGUGAAGAUAGGAAAGUCUUUGGAUCAUUCUGCAAACCUCAAUGCCAUCGAGAAGAACUUCAGAGAUGUGUAUCAGUAUAAUUUUCACGACCCCAAUACAGGGUGGUACAAAUUCGGAUAUGGCGACAACCACCAAUGGCGGCACGAGGAGAGGAGCGGAGACGGCGUCGUGCUUGGGCGCUACAGCUGGCAGGACGCCAACGGCAGAGAACACACGACGCACUUCGUGGCAGAUGCCAAGGGAUACCGCACGGUCGAGCCGGGGCAAAAGAUCACAAUGCACGUGGCAACUCCUAUUAACACGAAAACCUCAAACAAGAAUAAAGCUGGCGCCCCUUCGCCUGAGGGUAUAAUAACAGCCCGUCCUGCCUUCCUGGGCAGACCAACUUCGCAGCCUUUGUACCACACAACUGCACCUUUCCCCAUCACCAGCGUUUCCACCACCCUCACCUUGUCAACACACGCAUCACCAGCUGAUCUCACUUCUGCUUCUUAUCCAGGCACGAUAAGUGAGCUAGUGAGGCCAGGCACAGAUCUGUCCGUCGUUACGGGACGACCACCCAUCGCCUACCCUCUCCCUCAACAGUCGGUUUCUAGUCGCCCGGGGUCAUGGAUUUUUGUUCCCUCCACAACUCGACCCAGAGUAAGACCUCCUUUCAGACCAUUGAGGCCUAUGCGUGACAGGCCUAUCAAAAGUCCGUUCAAGGAAGUUAAUCGAAAUCGGCAUAAACCUGCAACCGUUAGGCCUCUGAAACCUCUACAGGCAAAUCUAAAAAGGGGUUCCAAACCUCAGAAUGAUGAUUCUCAUGAAGGGGAUUCCAACGAUUCAGUGGUCUCUGAUGAGGAGCAAGAAGAAAACAGCACCCCGAAUUCUCAGCCUUUAAUUGAUAUAAUUGGACAGAUGCAAUUAAUUUUCAACAAUUCACAGAAUCAUCCGCUUAAACAUGAUAAUGCACCCGAAGCGCCUGCUGUUCCAGUACCUAUGCAGUCUGGUGAUUCUGGAUCAUUUACUCCUGGUGAGCUAAUGAACUUCAUCAAUUUUAUCAAUUCUUUAAAAGCACAAAACCAAGAAGCAGCUACAUCCAUAAAUAGACCUGCGUGGUCCAAGCUGCAAACUGAUCAUGGUGAAAAUGUUAAAGGACAAACAUCUUUCUAUCUCAAAGCUCCUUCAAAGAUUCUUCAGCCACCCCCUAUACCUUCUUCGUCUUCAUCUAAUGAAGGAUCUUCAAGUUCCAGUUUUAAUUGGGUACAAGAUUCAUCUGGGGAUAUACCUCAUCCCCUUGAUUAUGCCUUUAUGGAUGAAGACUAUCCAUUGAUGGAUUUGAAUCCUGUCAUUAUCCAGAGCUCAGAUAAACCCAGUAACGACAGCAUCAAAACUUCUAGCCUACACAACGGAACUCUGAUCAAAAUUCAGGGGGAUUCUUCCCCUAAUAAGAAUAAUGUAUCUAAGCCAUGGAAAACUCCCGAACUGUCAACGGAAAAUAUCUCGGAUAACCAACUCAACGAAACUUCCCAUGAAAGAAACGGAAACAACUCGGGGAGCAAAAUUUCAACGGAGAAAAAUGGAUCUCAACCUCAAGAUGAUAAAGAUGAAAUGACCACUUUCAUACCGCUUCUACCAAGUUCAGCAAAACCUUUUAAUACCGAGAAAUCAACCCUACCGACAGAAUUAUUAUCUUCAUCAACGGGGAGGCCUUCUGUGGAUGGUAUCUGGCCUUUUAUACCUUUAAAACCCCACACAACUUCAAAGCCAGCCAACACGAGCGUGAAAGCAACACCGCCACCUUCACCUUCGCAAACUUUCUGGACAGAGGUCCUCAAGCACCUCUACUACUGGCCACAUUCAGGGCCUCAAGAUGAGCCGCCUACUACAAUUCAAUAAAGAAUGAUAGCAAAAAAACACAUCUCGUUAUCUGGAAAUGAAAUACAGUAAAACAGUCCCCCCCAUGAAACCUCUUUUCAACGUGUAGGGCAACACGGUUCUGUGUUAGAUACCGAGUUCGUAGUCUGCUCUCUUGUUUUAGGUAUGUGGAGUGGGAAAGAAUGUGUUGCCAUACACUAUUGGAAACAGGAAGGGAGGGACGCACAGGUUCAUUUUAAAUGCACUGCUCUUAGUGGAGUUACUUUUAAGGCCAAAUGCACUUUAGCUACUUCAGUAAAAUAUGUAAUAAUUUAGCUUCUAAAGCAAGUAGAGCACCGCUGCGUGAAUACUGACUGUAAUUUUGUUAUUCUAAGAAGAAUAAUACCUUUACCUCAUGGUACAACUGUACGCAGUUACAAUAGCCAUUAAUCUAUUCACGAUGCCUGUCAAUAUUUGAUCAGGGCACUCAAAGAAGAGAGGCACCACAUAGUAUCACCUCAAAACCUCACAGAUAUCAUGAACUCCACUCAGAAUACUGCAGCAUCUGACUGACUGAGCGCAUAUCGAAGGGCAUAUGGCGUCAAGUCUGUGAUAUUUAUUUUGUUAGCAGUAUACCACCGGAACUUGAUUUGGGCAUUACCAUAUUGUUUUGAUAUGUCGCAAAAUAUUAGUCUGCCUAUUCACAUUUCUUAUCUCAGAAGUCUGCUGCGUUGCGUCGAAUAUGCAAUAGAAGUAGUUGCUUUUAGGCCCAGCUCACACACGGCGGUGCGGUUGCAAGUUAUGACAGAGCCCAAAGGUGUAGACACAACCCCGCGAUUCGAGAGACACAUGUUUCGUAUUGUCUGUUAAGGUGACUGCGUGGAUUGACCUGCUCUAACUUCUUGAACGAGAUAUUCCGACGACAUCGUUCCUCUCGGUACAUUUCACCUUGACAGGAUUAUCAGUGGUGCUUGAGAAGGCAUAUCUUCGCACCUAUGUCUAUCCCGUAGCCUUCCAAAAUAAUGAACAUUGCAACAUGCUUACGUUCUAAUCUCCAGCAAAAAGUAUGUUAAUGUUGAUAGGCCU